UGCUAUUUCAUCAUUGACUAUUCCAUUCCAUCAUCAUUCAUUACUAUUUCCAAGAAAGUUUCUAUAUGCAUACAAAAUGGCCUGAGACCCAUCUUCUAAGCUCUUCAUAUCACCUCGAGUCUACGAAUUCCUAUACCUUUCACCUCAAGUCUUAAUUAAACAGUGUCUUGGUAGUAGUAAAGAGUAAUAACAGAUACAUACAUCCAUACAGAGAGCACAGCACAGCACGGCACAGCAAAUAUGACAACCCCCUCACCCUCCGAAUUCCUAACUUUCCACCGGCGUCUCGUCUUCUCGUCUUCCCUACGCUACUCCGCGCUCACCGGGCGAUUAAUAUCAUGCCGUCGACCCGUCCAACCCACAUAUGCAAAACAAUUCUCGCUGUCAUCGAGGUGCGCGCAGAAAUCCAAAUCCCAGGAACAGAGCAACGCCAAUUCAGAGCAUGCAACCCACAAAGCGCAGAAAGGUGACCAUUUGGAUGUGCAGAGUUGUAAUGUGAAAGAGGGCAUGGACAGCAAAAAUUCCGGAACUGGCGGUCAUGCAACCGAGCAACGCGAUUCGGCGGGCGGUAAGGCGAAAGCGAAAAGGGAGUUCCCUGAGGCGCCGGAUGUGGCUAUUGGGAUGCAGGAUGAGAGGGGAGGACGGGGUGGUUGAUUUUUACAAGCUUUUGACAUGAGGUCGGAGAUGAGCGAUGAGAAAAAAAUUAUCCAGCUUUCCAUUUGAAAAGCUUAAUAUUUCCUUGGCCCUUUCAACUCAUUCC